AUGUCUUCAACCAAAGACCCUCACGACUGGACAGUCAACGAGGUUGUGACAUUUCUCUGCCAUGAUAAGCCUGGGGACUGGUCUUACAAUUUGGCUUGCCCAGAUCUUGUGGCUCUGGAGACUUCUCUCCGAGAAAAUUCCAUCUCAGGCUUAAGUUUUCUUGAGAUCACAGACGAAUAUGUGAAAGAUCUAGGCGUAAGGGUCAUUGCGCAACGCCAGUAUUUGCUGAAAGCCAGUAAAUGGCUACAGCGACGGUCGCCGAAGUUCCAAUUGGAGCAACAGCAGCCUCCCCACAAAGCAAUUUUCAAUGGACAGCAACUUUCACCAGAACGCCUCGACGUUCGUGUUAAUACCAAUUCCCUUCUUAAUGAUCAGAUUGACCUUACCGUCUCCCCCGAUGGCUCCGUCAGCCCCCCUGCUGUCCUUGAUGGUCCUUCACUGCCCCAAACAGGGGAAAAGAGACCCCGGCGGAUGGAGACCACCAUCAUCGCACGACCACCCGCGCCUUCUUUCCAGGGGACCCUUCCCCCCAACGAACCACGUGCUUCGAAUUCCGCCUUUGGAAACGAUGCAUUCUUUGAUCAUCUUGUCAAUACUUACCCCCCAAACGAUGCGGAGGUUCUCUCACUUCUUGGAGAAUCCAGUUCCGGAACUGGAUACGAUACAGAGACCCGCGAGGAAAUGGAAGAGGAUGAGGCGCAAUCCCGCGCGGAUACUCCCCCGGAUGCUUCUGGGAACCUAGAAGAAGCUGAACUCAAUGAGAUCGUUGAUGAAUACAUCAACGAACGGAAAACCCAGUUCAUGGGAAUUCGUCUGCCGAAAGAGCUGCCGAAAGGAUUUUACAUUUGGACUAAAGGUCAAAAGUUCCCGAGCAUGAAGAGCCAAAUUUCGACACAGCUAGCCCACCUGGAGAAACGUUGUCAAAGCCUCCGCAAAGCACUCGCUGAGGCGCAACAUUCUUCCCGCUCGUCGUUACUUCAAGCAUGCGCAUGUCUCGACCCCACUGUGGUCGAUAUUUGCUUGUAUCAAUGGAAGCUUUCCGUUCUCGAGCAAACUAGCCCGCCGCCAAAGGUUGCUCGUCCGCCACGCACCCCACAGCUAGAAAAGCCCACUGUGAAUUCGGACGGCGAAGAGACUCUCAGUUCGGAUUCGGAUUCCGUGUAUGGAGCCGGAGAAGAGACGGAAUAUGAGCCACCAGAACAAUCGGAAGACGGUAUCCAUCUCGCCUUUAGUUCUGAUCUUUCUGAAUCCGAAGAGGACGAGGCUAUACAGGAUCAAGAGGAGCCACGUCCUUGCUCAGCUUAUCAAGACGGACCGUUUCGUGACUCCUCUUCAGAUGAGGAUCUCAGCCAUCUUUUUUUCAAAGAAGAGAAUUAUGAGCCCCCAGCCGCCAAGAGGCGCCGCCUGGAGGAAAAUAGCGUGGAUCAAGAUAGUCCAGUUUCACCACUGAUGCCGGCGACCAUUAUGCCAUUUGACCGGGACGUGGCGCUGCCCUCGAAGGAGUCGGAGGGAGAGGGAGAGGGUCAGAUUGAGGCGAAUACCUCUCCUGUCAAGCCGAGGCGCCUCAAAACACAUGAGUCUGUGGAGUCGGCGAGUGAAAACGGCAGUGAAACCGACGAGGCUGUGUGCGCUUUUGACGAUGUCUAUUCUAUGACGUUGGCAGCUAUUGAGGGGAGCGGAAACAGACUUCACCUGGUAGCGAAAGCUCUCACAGGUCUGCCGAACAAUCGCCUCAACCAACUUUUUGUAUUUCUCGUGAAAUACAUGCCCUGUGUUUAUCGAGAACAUGCCCGAGACGCGCUAAUACACAUGUCUGAUGAUUCAUCGGUGAUGGAGGGGUGGGAUCCUGAGGAGAGUCAUUCUACAAUGUUGAUGACCGCCUUGUUUGUGUCAUGGGUUAAUGUUAUCCAUGUCCCUGCCGGCGCCUUUACAGCAAAAGAAGUCAAGACUGCACUUGUGGUUGUCAGGGAUGAGGAGGAAGAUCACUUCGCACCAUUCCUGAAAUGUUUGAAUGAUCUUCUCCGGGGACACAGAAAAUGGUCGACUUUGCCGCCGCGUGUCCAUCCUCAUGAAAAGAAACCUCCUCAGCAACGAUCACGAAAGAGGAAGGUCGCCCCAAUAGCUCUGAAUCGGGCCCAAAAGGAAGGCCAGCAACGACAGGCAAAUCAAUACGAGGCGGAGCGGGCCCUCCGAUCCCGGGUUGACUAUGAAGACAUACCCGCACAGCCAGUUUCGUUCCGAGAUCCUGUUAUCCAGCUCGAUCCAUAUAUCGGCAGAUUGAUCCAGCCACACCAGCUCCGUGGGAUUCAGUUUAUGUUCCGGGAAAUUGUCGAGAACAAACGACCAGAAGGGUGCUUGUUAGCCCACACCAUGGGGCUGGGCAAGACUAUGCAAGGUAUCACUUCUAGUUACUAUUUCCACUGCCGGGGCCUCGCAAGAUCCGGCUAUUCGAGCCCAAAUCCCUGA